CAGGUCUUUAUGAAUGCAUGUGGCCUGAGGUCAUGUAGCUUCUCCCUUUCUACAACUGUUAGCACAGGAUUUUGGCUACUUCCUCAGUAGACAAGGGGCUGGGCAGGCUGAGGAAGUGCACUGUUUUGCAGGAGGAGAUCCAGUGCCAGGAGAUACCUCUGCGAGGAAAUAUUAAAGGGUCCAAAAACGUCCAGGAUGGUGGCAUAUCUGUUGACAGGAAUUCAGAUUGGAUCCUGGCUUGCCUGCAGAAGAAGCGCCGCCGAGCCUUCACCUCUACUGAGGACAUGAAUGGAGUCUGUACUCUGCUCACCGCCGACUUGCGCAGCACAGCGUUCCUCAACCUCACCAAGAUGGUUGAGACCAAAUUAAAUGGCAUUCAAAGUAAAAACAACAAAGCCGUGAUUACUGACACCAGCAGCUCUAUCAGCACAGACACCAGCAGUGCUUGUGGUGAGCUCUUCAGCAGUGCAGGAAACAACCGCAUGUGCAAAGAACUGGGAACAGAAAUUGCUGUCAUUCUCGGUGGAUCAGAAAACACCACGUCAGAUGAUUUCCAAAAUGCGAAGACUUCUAUCCUCAAUAUGAUGAAGUCAAUGUGGCAGAAAUGCUCGAAGAUCAGGUUUGCUGUGGUGCAGUAUGGAGCACAGAUCCAAACUGAACUGAGCCUGCAAGAAAGCUGCAACAGACUAACUGCUUUCUUCAAAGUUCGAAACAUCAAGCAGCAGAGCUCACAGACUGACAUUGCAGCCACACUGCAGCACAUGUUGGAUAAAGUCUUUGAAAGCAAUGACUCCAGCCAGACUGAUAACAAAAUAAUCAUUGUCAUGGCAUCUGGGCAAGUGUUUCUGGAAAACCAUAGAUUGAGAAAUGUGAUGAAGUCCCUGGAAAUGGCUAUGGUCAAACUCUAUGUUCCUGGGAUUGGAGAGUUCAUAAGCAACCAGUGGGUCUCAGAAGAGCUGCAGAAAGUUAGAGGUGACUGGUUCGUGCUGUCCACAUAUGAAGAUUUUGACAGUUUCCUUUCGGAGUUGGAGAGAGAGACUCUGAGUGAUUCAGCUGAAAAUAUUCCAACUGAAGCACCAGAGCACAGAAACAUUAAUGACAGUGGUGACAGCAAGCUCCCUUCCUGGAUGGAGGAGGACAAAGAGGAGGAGGAGGAGGAGGAAAAUGGGUUGCCUUCUGGAACAGAGAUUGCUUUUAUUCUGGAUGGAUCAGGGAGCAUUGAGCCAGAGGAUUUUGAAAGAGCAAAAGCGUUCAUUCACAAGAUGAUGAAAACACUGUAUGAGAAGUGCUUUGAGUGCAAUUUUGCAGUGGUACAGUAUGGUUUUGAAAUCAGAACUGAAUUCGACCUGCGAGAAAACUGGGAUCCUCAUGCCACCCUACAGAAAGUACUUGAUAUUGUGCAGGUGUGCAAUGUGACAAAAACAGCAUCUGCCAUGCAGCAUGUCCUAGAUUCUAUCUUCACUGAAAGUCACGGGUCCCGCAAGGAUGCAGCCAAGGUCAUGAUUGUGCUUACAGAUGGGGAGAUACUCCUGGAUGAAAUGAACUUGACAACAGUGAUAAACUCACCCAAAAUGUCAGGAAUCGAGCGCUAUGCCAUUGGGGUGGGAGAUGCCUUCAAAAAACCAAAGGCCCUAAGUGAAUUGAAGUUAAUUGCAUCUGGUCCAGGUGACAGUCAUGUAUUUCAUGUGACCAAUUAUUCAGCAUUAGAUGGGCUGCUUUCAACCCUGCAGCAGAAUAUUAUUGGUAUAGAAGGUAUGCAGGGUGAUGCUCUGGAAUAUGAGCUUGCACAGGCUGGUUUCAAUGUGCAGAUCUUGGAUAAGCAAGUCUUAAUGUUUGGUGCAGUGGGAGCCUUUGACUGGUCUGGUGGAAUUCUGCUGUAUGAUCUGGCAACCAAGACUGCUGUUUUUCUGAAUGAAUCUAAAGAAGCAGCCAAAAAAGCAAAAUACAGUUACCUAGGGUACAGUGUGGCAGUAGUGCACACAGAGUAUGGACCCUUGUAUGUGGCUGGAGCUCCACGGCACAGCAUGAGAGGGAAAGUGUUGGUGUUUCAGGAUGGCUACUUAAAACAAACCCUGCAAGGAGAACAGGUUGGAUCUUAUUUUGGAUCUGAGCUCUGCCCACUUGAUGUGAACCAUGAUGGGGUGACAGAUCUUCUCCUUGUUGGAGCUCCAUUUUAUCAUAUUCAAGGAGAAGAAGGAAGGGUUUACGUCUAUCGCCUGGAGACAGAGACUGGUUCAUUUACCUUGAAAGGACACUUGAAUGUGCAGGUGACCUCUCCUUUUGCAAGGUUUGGGUUUGCUGUGGCCAGCAUUGGAGACAUCAAUGGGGAUGGAUAUGAGGAUAUUGCAGUUGGAGCCCCCCUUGAAGACUGGCUUUCAAACAGUUCCUCUUUUGGCAGCAUUUACAUCUUUAAUGGUGAUAAAGACAAAAUCAAGAGCUCUUUUUCUCAAAGAGUAAAAGCCUCUGAAAUUUCUUCAGGACUCAAGUAUUUUGGACAAUCCAUUGAUGGUGGCUUUGAUUUCACUAAUGAUGGUCUCCAAGAUAUUACAGUAGGAUCACUGGAGGACGUGAUUGUGCUCCGCUCAAGACCAGUUGUCCACUUUCUCACCAGCAUGAGAUUCAACCCUGAGGGAAUCCCGGGUUUCCAAAAUAACAGCAUUGUUACAGCAAAACUGUGUUUUGAUACAGUAUCAGCUUUACCUGUGUCUCAACAAGUGGACUUAGAUGUGAAAAUGGCAAAGAGAAGAGUACAGUUUGAAGAUCAGAGCACCACAAGAAGGGGAAAGCUGUUGGUCAGCAAGCACAUGUGCUCUGAGCUGCAGCUUUACACGAUGCCAUGUGAAUUUGACUGUUUUUCCAGUGUUUUUCUGAGAGUUAAACAUGAGCUCUAUAAGAAAAAUAAAAACAUGGAGUUUGCUGUUCCUGUGCUGGAUAGAUACCAGCCAUCAGAAAUGCUUUUUCAGUUGCCUUACAAGGAGGACUGCAACAAGACCAUCUGUACUGCUCAUUUGACUUUGACAAGUCAGAUUCAAAAGGAAUUAGUGGUGGGCCACACUAAAGAAGUGACCAUGAAUGUUUCAUUAACAAACAGUGGAGAUGACUCAUACAUGACAACUAUGGUCUUGAACUAUCCUAAAAACCUACAUUUUAAGAAGGUGUCUGUUGAGCCAUCCUCUCCUGCUGUUCACUGUGGCCAACCAAUACCAUUAACUUCUGUAGGCUUAUCCUGUAACUGCAGAAUUGGGCAUCCAGUAUUCAAGAUGACAACUGCAAAAUUUUCAGUGAUUUGGCAAUUAGGUGAAAGCCUAUUCCAAAAUAAGUCUGCAAUCACCAUUAGUAUCACCAACAUAAAUGAAAAUAGCACCAUUCUGACUGAAGAACACAUCCUUGAUGUCAGAUAUGCAUUCACGGCAGUCCUGACCAAACCAGUCUCUUUAAUGUACGUGAAUGUUAGCGAAGGACUUCUUGAAAACAAAGAAUUCAGAUUUAAUAUAAAUGGAGAAAAUCGCUUUAAUGCUACCAUCAAGUUACAGAUUUGGGUUCCUAUCAGUAUACAAGGUCACAACAUAAUAACGGUCAAAAAUGCAUCAGGAACACAGGAGGCGACGCGGUGCGGGGUCAGCGAGGAGCCGGUGCUGUGGGGGUAUUCCGGCGGUGCGGAGCCAGAGGGCAUUCGGGACGUGCAGUAUCGGUGCGUGCACUGCUCCAUCCGGGCUGACAGAGACAAUAUCACCGUGACAGCAGAAUUGUCUUUAAAGAGCUCGCAUCAGUUCUUAGAAAGCAGAACUGCUCUGCUGAUCCCUGGAAAAAUCACCUUCAACAAAGAACUAUAUCUGGGCCUGAAAGAAGAGAAUCAUAACGCUGAGAUUACUCUCGUCUUCCUGAAAGAUGAAGUGUUUGAUCUCUUGCCUGUUAUCAUAGGAAGCUGUGUUGGUGGACUUCUCUUGCUGGCGUUCAUUAUUCUGCUCCUCUGGAAAUGUGGCUUUUUCAAAAGAAACUAUAAAACUAAGAUGGAGCAAGAAGAGACCUCCUGAAGACUAAGCUGGACAAAGCAGAAAGUUCUGUAUUCUUUCACCAGCUUUUUGGAAAAAAGAGCCUCUCUCUUUGACAGAGUUAGUCAGGCCGAGAAGCGAAACAAUUCAUAUUCCCUGGUAGAGCUAUGGCACAUUGGACCUUGGGACUCUCCCAAUUUCAUGUUUUGACCGUAGGGGCCCAGCUCUUUUGGGCAAUCCAGUUGUCUGCUUGUUUAAUUUGAACUGACUGUUUAUCAUGGAGGGACUGCAUGGUAUUGAUAAACUAGACUCCCCAUGAGAAAUUUUGCUUUAUUGUAGGUAUGCUAGGGAAAAUUCAUCUUGGAGCCUGAUAGAUUUAUGUAUUGGAUUGCAGUCUUACUUACUGUGAUGCUGAGUUGUUCUUAAAUUGAUUUUAGUACUGAGUAGCUUUAGAAUAGGUUGAAAUAGAAAUGGACUAGGGGAAGCUUCCCAUCCUGCUGUUGCUAACAAAAAGGGAGAGACAAGCAUUUUGUGCAUACAUACAUAGACAUGUGUAUAUAUAUACAAAUUUGUGCAUUUUAAUAUGAUUAUGUAUGUCCCCUGAUGUCUCUGGUUCUUGGAAUUGGAAGCAUGUGUACGUGGUGAUUAGUUUUUCAUACCUCACAAUCUUAUUUCUGAUUUUCCAUUUUCAGUUGCUUUCAGAUCCUGAUUUGAUCACAGAUAAAAACAUGUGUCAUGGACCUCCUUGCCAGUUCAGACAGACUUCUAUACCGGGAGAUAUUUCCUCAAGUUAGCAUGAUUCACCACACCUGAAUCCAGUGCAGAGCAGAGCAGUGUGAUGCUAUGUUGCCAUCCUCCCUGCUGGAUGUGUGAUAGAAAGUAGGGUGAAUCAUGAGCAGUCUCAUUUUACCAGCUGCGUAUUAUAAGUAAUUGCAGUUUACAGGGUUGGGGGAAGGAAGGUACCUAACGAAACCCUGUGGCUGGCUGUAGCCAGUACCAGCUGUUUUCUUUCCUGAGCAAUGAAAUGAUCUCAGGGUCCCUCAGGUGUUUGCUGUUUCCAAAGAAGGGCAAGUACAGACACUUGAUCCUCUUCCUUUCUUUUGCUUUUUCUAUCCCUAAUUGCAUAGCUGUUUUAUUUCUGUUGUGUUUGGCCAACCAUAAACCCCACAAAGAUUUUUCAUUCAGACCUUCAGAAGACAAAACAGUUCCUGUCUUCUUUGGCUUAAUAGAUAUGCCUGAUGGAAAAGCAAAGUUAACAAGCAACCUGUGGCCUUCAUUGAAGUUUCCUUGUAACAUUCCUGUCUGGUACCCAAGUAGUGCUAUUAAUACCUCUCUACAUUACAGGGAUCACUUUCCUGAUGGGAUGGGCAUCCUGCAGGCUGUACAAGCCUGGGUGUGUCCUAGCUCUAAACCUGGCUGCCAAACAGCUAGAAGUUAAAGGUGCUAAGCACACUGGCCUGCCUGCUUAGGACAAAAGUAAGAGGUACCACAGCAAAAUAUUGUUUGAGUAAUAUAAGGCCCCUGUGUGACUUUCAACAGUGCAAGAGAGAGAGGUGCAGAGAUCUUGUUCUGGCAUCCAGCUCAUUCAGCAGCUGAAGCCAUUCUUCUGGCUUGAAUUUCUUCCUCUCUCCUCCCUGGCUGGUUGUAGAGUUCUUUGGAGCUGCAUACAGAAUGAGUCACUCCAAAUCUGCUUACAAGUGCCAAGGGACUGAGGAAAUGAGACUUCCUAGGUGAGAGCUCCGAAAGGAAAUUCAUGUCUGAACCAAAGAACCACCUGGGUCAGGUUUUUGUCAUAACACCUCUGUACUAUUUGGAAAGAAAUGUGUUUUGCCUGGUCUGAAUGGCUUUAUUGUCACUCCUGUUUGUGUAAAUCCUCUUUUUUGUGGUAUUUUUAAUUGCAUCUUCUUUGACAAUAAAUUCUUGCAAGAGAAGCCUGACUGUGUUGCACUUGCUGGCUGGAGGUGGUUUGUGCAUUUUGCUGUACCCUUUCCCAGCUGGCAUAGCUGGUCUCCAGGGCUACUCUUGAUCACCCAGUUCAGAUUUUGGCAGAGCCAUUACUAAGUUGUUCUUCUUUGCAUGUCCCUGUGUGGAAGGAUUUUUAUGAGAAAUUGAAUAAAUGGAAAGCAGAAGAUGCUGGGCUGGGAGAGAGAAUCCCUUUGAAGAGCUUUACGAAAGAGAGUAGCUCCAGAGGACACAGGAGUGACUGAGGUGGUGGCUUUAUAAGGAAGACACUUUUUCAAAGGUCUUGCACUGAGUGACACAUGAUGUGGACGACUGUCAGUGAAAGGACCACCGUGUACCAGUGGUUGGGGUCUUGCUGCCCGUCCUCCCUCCCAGAUCUCCAUUUCACAGCAAAGUUCUACCUGUUCUGAAGCACCUGGAGAUCUCUUACAGUCAGAUCAUACUUGAUCUGUUCUCCCAACACUGCUCAUUAGGUUGGAGUGGCUUGUUAUUCUACCUUUCUCUUGCUCUGCUGGGGAGAGAUGAUUGUCAACGCUGCUGGUAGCCCAGGAGAGCAAGAACAGAUGUUUGUUCUCUGCCCACUGACUGGUGCUGAUCAUCCAUCCCCAUCAGCUGUCUUGGCUCUGAAUCCUGGCUUGGCUCCAUCGCUCCAGAAUGAAUGAGCUAGAAUGGUGCUGCGCUGCUGCAAGCAGGUUGCUCUGACUCUCUGCCAGCUUGGCUAAACCACCUCCAGUGCGUCUGUGCAGCACAGCUGGGACACAUCAGCCUCUUGCCAGCAGGAACUGGUUUAGAGCAUCACCAGCCUGCAGAGCGAGGGCAAGGCCAGGUGCCGCGUGUUGCUCAUGAAAGCUUUGCCUCUGGAGGUCAAGUUCAAGUAAUGGCCUCUUCCUCAAGCACUUUCACUUCUUGGGUUGGGAGAGAGAAGUGGAUAAGCACUCUGGCUCAUGAUAACAGGACCUCCUGCACACUGUAUAGGACGUUCGAGGAUUGGGGGAGCAACCUGGAAUGCAUUCAGAGGCUGAAAAUUGUUCCCCUGCAAAAUGAGAAUAUAUUCUGGAAGUUCAGCAUGCUUUCGUUUCUGACUCCUACAGACAGGUUUAGAUGCUCCUGUGGAUAAUGACAGAAAGACUUUCCACAGAUUCCAUUUCUAGGCAAAAAAAGAUCUGAAUGUUUUUCUAAUACCUCCCGAAAGAAAGAUUUCCUUUUCCAUUGUGUCUGGGUGUUCAGUGGUACUAGUUAGAAGGACAAAUACUAAGGCUGAUUUUUUUUGCCAAUUUUUCAUUGGUAAGUGGAAACCUACUUAUUUACACUGCAAAGUCACAGUGAGGAUUAGAGGAGAAGCUGGGUGGAGCAUUUUUCACUGCAGGCUGCUCCCAUUUUUCUUUGUUUUGCGUCCAAGCCCAUUAUCUUCAGAAAGCAGCUUAUGUUUGAUGUCACUGAUUUCUGUGUGUUUCCGUGCACAUGAGCUGUGGUUUAAAAGCAACUUCCUCUUUCAACCUGUUCAACUCUUCCCCUUUUUUUUUUUUUUUUUUUUUAAUAGAUGUUGACCUACAAGUAUGAUACUAUGAAAAAGAACCACUAAUGGAGAGAGCUGACCUCUGCUUUUUCCACUGUUUGUUUCCUUGCCAAAAUAGUUUAUCUCCUAUUUACA